UGCCCGGUGCUAAGCUCGGCUCGGCUCGGCUCGGCUCGGCUCGGCCCGGUGCUCGGCUCGGCUCGGCUCGGCCCGCCCCACCCCGCGGGCGGUCACUGCGGCGCAGUCGCGGCGCCGCCAUCGCGGGCAGAUGCAGGCGAUCAAGUGUGUGGUGGUGGGCGACGGAGCUGUCGGGAAGACCUGCUUGCUGAUCAGUUACACCACAAAUGCCUUUCCUGGAGAAUACAUUCCCACCGUGUUUGAUAAUUAUUCUGCCAAUGUGAUGGUAGAUGGAAAGCCAGUGAACCUGGGCCUCUGGGACACAGCAGGGCAAGAAGACUAUGAUCGACUGCGGCCUCUUUCCUAUCCACAGACGGAUGUUUUCUUGAUCUGCUUCUCCCUUGUGAGUCCAGCCUCCUUUGAGAAUGUCCGAGCUAAGUGGUACCCUGAGGUCCGACACCACUGCCCAAAUACACCUAUUAUCCUGGUGGGCACCAAGCUGGACUUGAGGGAUGAUAAGGACACCAUUGAAAGGUUACGUGAUAAGAAACUGGCCCCCAUCACCUAUCCCCAAGGCUUGGCCAUGGCUCGGGAGAUCGGAUCGGUAAAGUACCUUGAAUGCUCUGCCUUGACACAGCGGGGCUUGAAGACGGUGUUUGAUGAAGCCAUCCGGGCUGUGCUCUGCCCACCGCCUGUGAAGAAGCCUGGCAAAAAGUGUACCAUGUUUUGAGGGCUGUGGCCUUGGUGUUGGCUCAGCAUGCUGUCAUCCUCUGACAGAUUGCAUAUUAAGCUGGGUGUUUCUGAAGGGGGCUGGGAUGUGUAGGGCCCUUCAUCAUGUACGAAGUCAGUGUUUUUUAAAUGUCUCUUUGAUUUAACGUCAGUGUUGAUGUGAAGGGGCAGUGGGGACAGGAGACCAGCUGGGGACUAUACAGCCCCCAGGGCAGGUACAGCGGGGAAGGCAAGGUAGCUCCUUCAGGCAACAAGCUGUUUUGGCUCUCCUGAACUCCAAGUGGAAAGGGCUGAGACAUCCAUCCUGUUCUGGAAACACCUGUUUUCAACCUGCAGGUGAAACAGGUGGUGAACAUCCUGGUGGGAGUGGGGAGGGAGCUGAUUUCAAUGGUGCUGAAAGACAAGAGUAGCUGGGAGGAUGGCAGGGUCUCCUUGCCCAGCCUGCUGUGGUUAACAGUUAACAAACUGGUGCUCUAGCAGAAUGUUCCUGAGACUGUUAAAGAAAUCAUCACCAGCCCUGGAAGGGGUCAAAGUAAAUAAGAAGCUGAAAAAUGAAUCAUUAGGUGCUUUAUUGGGUACUAGCCAAACUCUGAGUGAAACAGCUCUGUGCAAUCAAUGCAUUUGCCUUUUUGUGUGUGCACACCCUAGGACAGCAUGGUGCUGCUCCACCCCAUUAGUCUUUAGCAGGGCCUCCCCCCAAAAUCCAGUCUCUGCAGAGCAGGGCUGGGGUUGUUGCCUCUAUUUUUUUUUUCUACUAAAGACAACAAAUGAAGCAGUGAGGAGUCUGCUAACUUCUUUCCCUUCCCACUGAAAAUGCAGACAGACUGUGGAUUUGGAUGGAACAGGGAGAGCUUCUGAAGGGUUGUGGGGGGGGAACAGGGUUGGAAGAGAGGUCCAAUUUCUAAUCAUCAUGUAGAGUGACAAGAUAAAACCUUAUUUGGUGCAAUAAACAUUCUCCAUGAA